AAACACUGUACCAUAUGAUCUAUUGCUUGAGUAACACAAUGAAGCACUUCCUAUUCCUCCAGUUUUUAAUCCUGUCAUUUUUCUUUGUUUCGACAACCUUGUCUUCGGGUUCAGAAAACAGAACCUCGUCUUCUCCACCGUCGAAAAUCCAUUUUACCGAACGGAGCGAGGUUCAUAUCCGGAGCGACCUCCCUAACAACUCACACCCGUUGUAUUUACGUUGCCAAUCCGGAGAUACUGAUUUCGGAAUGCAUAAGCUGUACGUCGGCCAGGAAUUCUAUUGGAAAUUCAGGAUCAAUCCCUUCGGACGUACUCUCUACUUCUGCCAUUUUUACUGGGACAAGAAACAGAGGAUUUUUAAUGUUUUCGAUAAAUAUUCUGUGCGAUUCUUGUGCGUUGUUCCCCACUCCCAAGACUUCGUGUGCAUUUGGAAAGUGAGGGAGGAAGCUUUUUACGUUAGCCAUGACAACAAGAGGUUCAAGAAAAUGCAUACAUGGUAUGGGGAUGAGGUUGUGCCAUCAACUUGAGUUUGCCCCCACCAUGCACAAAAUAAUUAUGGAAAAAAUAAUAAUAUACUAAUGAUUUCA